AUGCUGGAAGUGAAAAAACCCCAGGUCCCAGUAAAACCACAACCACGAGGAACGAAAUCAGAGCAGUUCAAGAGAAAGAAAGUACCUCACGGAGCCUGCUACAAUAAUGGAAAGUUUAGGUAUUUCAAGUUCACUUGCCCACAAGGUGAAAAAAAGGAGAAUAAGGGAGGCUAUAAGCAUCUGGAACAAAGAGGAGAUAUUGGUUCGUAUAGAUUAGAUCCUGAGGAUAAUAUUUUUUUCUUCAAAGAUGUAUUUUAUGCGUCAGGAAUGCAUCGUAACUUGAUCUCUGUUCCCAGCUUAAUGAAGAAAGGAUUGGAAAUAAGAGGGCCUUUCACGCGCAGUCUAAAUUUAUUAGCUCCCCACUAUCCAAAAAUCAAUCCUCUCUUCUCCUUCCUCCAGAUUACUCAUCAGAUUGGGGGAAAUAAGAACCCAACCCUGACCCUUGACGAGCUCACCGGUGAUGAUAUGAAGGACGACGACGAUGAAGAGGACGGAGGCAGUAGCAACAGAUGCUUACGCUGGGUUGGGAGGUAUUGGAAAUUAUCAGGCACCGUGGGUGGCAUUGAUAUACAGUACGAGGGGGAUAUUAAUCAAUCAUUAUUUGAUGAAGCUAAUAAGGAGAGCGAGGACCCUCCAACAGGGAGGGCCUCUCCACAACCAAUUUUUACUGAUAUCAACAAGGAGAGUGAAGAUGCUCCGUCAGGAGAAGUACCUCCACCAGAGAAUAAUCGCAUUGAUACGGCUCUUGAAGCAGAAAUAAACGAGGGAGAGAAGGUGUCCCCGCCAGCGAAGGAGCUGCUAACUUGUACAGAAACAUGCACUCAACGCGAGGACACUGGAAUGGAAAUAACGUCGGUGGUUGGUGUCCCUUCUGCAGGACAUAAUACGGAGACGCAAACUUGUAUAGACAUCGAUUAUUCUUCACCCGGAGCCACUGAUUCACAUGCAGAGCCCUUCCACUCUACAGAGGGUUCUUAGACACCAUCGUCUU